CAGUCUCUCUCGGUCACCUGAACUAGAAGUAUCCAGUAUCCCAUCUAUAUCUGCUGUAGCCACAACUUUUGUCCAUCCGAGACAACUGCAAGAAUGCUCCUUACUCUACAGUAUACCAUUACUGUACUCCCAACUUAAGGACCCCUUUAAGUUACAAAGUAUGUGCAGAGAACUGAACUAUGGCAGUUUACGAACAAACGUCUUCAGAUAAUAUUCUGAACAAGUUAAUGGGAUCCGAAGGCUUYACUGUAAAAGGCUACAUUCUAGACAAUUAUUUCUCAAUCAAAGCUCUAAAAAAUCAAGCAUCCCAAGUUGGGAACUGGAAAGCUAAGUCUGAUUUGAGUAUGGUUUACAAAGAAGGUAUUCCUGAGCUUCACAUUGAGAAAGAUUUAGACAAGGCCAGAGGGUGGUUAGAAUCAUCUAUUGAAGACGGAAAUACCAUGCCAGCUGMCCUUUGUAACCUUGGAACAUUGUACGACAUGAAAGGGACUGUUCUGUUCCAGCAAAAAGCACAUGAGAUGUACCAUAAAGCUGCUAGACUAGGCUGCGGCCCAGCUGAAUUGAACUUAGCUGAAUCAUACAGAUGUGGUGUAGAGGGAGUAGUGGAUGAGGAUUUGGAAGAAGCCUUCACUUGGUACAAGAUAGCUGCUGRUGAAGAAACAUUAGAUUCAAACCUUUCUGGUGUAGAGGAAAUGAUGAGAGGCACACUUAAGACAUUAGGUGGUGACACAAAGGUUAAAGCRUUACGACGCCUACAUGACUACUACAUGUCUGGUGAGUGCCCUGAAGGAAAGCCUCAGCCAGUCAAAGCACUAUAUUAUCUUAAAAAAGCUGCAGAAACUGGGCAUGCUGAGAGUCAGACAAAACUAGGACUUACCUACCUCUCUGGUUUAAAUGAUCUGCCAAAAGAUUUAGAUCAAGCAAGACGAUGGCUUAAGAAAGCUGCAAACAAUGACAGCAGUGAAGCUAAAGAGGUGUUGGAGAAGCUUAGUCAACGAGGUGUCAUUGAGCAAGUGCCAACUCCAAAAAUAUCAUCAGAGAAGCAAGACUUAGACAACUUCAAGCAGUUUUCUGACAUAUUAAAGGGAAAAGUUGAAGAGCACAAUAUGACUCAUCCAUUUAUAAUAAAGAAUCCACUUAUAUACCAUGAAUCUAUGUUCACUCAAUAUCCAGAAUCACCAACUGCUCAGCAUUACCUCAAAGCAUUCAAACUUGCCAAAGAAGGAAUGUCCAAACUUCAAGAAGGGAACUUCAAGGAAGCCAUAAAGCUUUUAGCUCACAGCUAUCUUUAUGAAAACACCAUAUUAGGAUUAUUGCCAGAGAGAAGGAUGCCUUAUUUUUUACCUAACAUUGUUGUUAGGAUACUCCAAGAGUUGCAGGAUGAUGAAAAUUUUUUUGAAGGGUUGCUGGUUCUGCAUGCACUAUGCCCCAUGCACUCAAAAGAAAGUUCUAAAGUCAAUUUAAAAAAUUUUAAAGGUGAUAUGCAGCAGACAAUGUUUGUCAAAAAUGUAAUUCACUUGAUAAGAAAGAAUGAAUCUUUACAACUACCAACUGAGGAUCCUUACAGCUUUGAAUCAAAUUACUGCAGUUGGCUGCAUGUACUGUAUUAUUUAUUAGGCUCAUGUUACACAAUAGCUGAGCAAUUUGAUGAUGGAGCACAAGCCUUUCAAAAAGCACUGCAAUGCUGUYCGACAUACUAUGAGGCAAAGGCUGGCCUUGGCUMCUGCUUGAUGAAUUUGAGCCAUAAAAUCAAAAGUGAAAAAGAAAAAGAUGUUUUUGAUUUAGAUGGGCAGCAGCAUCAACCAGAUCCUAAUCYCAAGAAAAAUCAAUCAGUACAUGAAAAUAGCUAUUUGAGAUGGUCACAAGAGGCUUUGAAAAAGAAAUCAAAGCAGGUCUUUAUGGARUAUUUGCAGGAAGCACCAGUCUGUGACAAGAAAUAUCCAAAUUGCAACUAUCAUUUGGCUCUUCUUUAUAUGUUCGAUAGAAAUUUGCAGCAAGCCCGUGAAUGGAAGUCAAGGGGAGAGGAUGCAGAGGAAAAACGCCUUCCUUUUAUGGGACCAGUAUCAGCUGCCACAAAACAGUUAUUAAUCUGUCUGGAUAUGCUCCCCAUCCCGAAAUAUCUGUGUAGCUAUAACGAAUGCGCCAACAAGAAUGUGCAGAAGCUGAUGUCAUGCCCUUGCAAGGAAGUGUCCUACUGUGGAAGGGAUUGCCAAAAGAAGCAUUGGAAGGAACAUAAGAAAACAUGCUCCUCAAAAUCAAACAUUUAGUGAGAAGAAUAAUUGUAAUAAAUGAAAUGUACCGAUUAAAGUACUAAAUGGACAAAAGCAUGGUACUUCUAUGUGCAUUUAGUCAGUAUUAGCCUCCUUCGCAGACGUCUCUCUCUCUCUCUCUCUCUCUCUCUCUCUCUGGAAGUCUGGGAACAAAUAUA